GCUAUAGUCUACUUCACUCUUGGCUUCCUCUUCCUCUUCUUCUUCCCAUUUGUAUUUGUCGACUAUCCGAAGAAUCUUUCAUCAUCAAACUGGAUGGCUGCUUCUUCUUCUUCUUCUUCUUCUUCAAUUACUCAAGUGAAGUAUGAUGUUUUCCUUAGUUUUAGGGGCGAAGAUGUCCGCGACAAUUUUAUCAGUCAUCUCGAUAAAGCUUUACGUCGCAAGAAGAUUAAGACUUUCAUCGAUGCCCAACUUGAUGCUGGAGAAAAGAUUGCUGCAUCUAUUUUAAAGGCAAUUGAAGAAUCCAAGAUUUCAGUUAUUAUUUUCUCAGAAAACUAUGCUGGUUCUCGAUGGUUGCUUGACGAGCUUAUAAAGAUUAUUGAAUGCAAGAAUUUGUGGGGCCAGAUUGUAAGACCAGUUUUUUAUCAUAUAGAUCCAUCAGAUGUAAGGAAUCAAACCGGGGCUUUUGGGGAGGUCUUUUCUAGAAUGGAAGAAAGAUUUAAGGACAGCUCAGAGAAAUUAGUCAGAUUUAGAAGUGCUUUGAAAGAAGCAGCAAGUAUUUCUGGCUUUUAUUCAAGUGAUAUUUGGUGA